ACCGGUCUGCGCUGAGCCUGGCUGUUGGAGGAGGCGCGUGUGCUGCUGCAUGGAGCUGCUAGCUGGCUGCUACGAGCAGGUCCUUUUUGGGUUCGCUGUACACUUGGAGCCCAAGGCGAGCGGCGACCAUGAGCAGAAGUGGACUCCUGUGGCCGACUUCACUCACCAUGCCCACACUGCCUCCUUGUCAGCGGUGGCUGUCAGUAGCCGUUUUGUAGUCACUGGGAGCAAAGAUGAAACCAUUCACAUUUAUGACAUGAAAAAGAAGAUAGACCACGGGGCUCUAGUGCAUCACAACGGCACAAUAACUUGCCUGAAAUUCCACGGCAACAGGCACUUGAUCAGCGGGGCAGAGGACGGCCUCAUUUGUGUCUGGGAUGCAAAGAAAUGGGAGUGCCUGAAGUCGAUUAAAGCUCACAAAGGACAUGUGACCUUCCUUUCCAUUCACCCGUCUGGCAAGUUGGCCCUGUCUGUGGGUACAGAUAAGACAUUAAGAACAUGGAAUCUUGUGGAAGGAAGAUCGGCAUUCAUAAAAAACAUAAAACAAAAUGCUCACAUAGUGGAAUGGUCCCCAAGAGGAGAGAAAUACAUAGUUGUCAUACUGAACAAAAUAGAUCUCUAUCAGCUUGACACUGCAUCUGUCAGUGGCACCAUCACAAAUGAAAAGAGAGUAUCUUCUGUUAGGUUUCUUUCAGAAUCUGUCCUUGCAGUGGCUGGAGAUGAAGAGGUCGUAAGAUUUUUUGACUGUGAUUCACUAAUGUGCCUCUCUGAAUUUAAAGCUCAUGAAAACAGGGUAAAAGACAUGUUCAGUUUUGAAACUCCAGAGCAUCAUAUUAUUGUUACAGCAUCGAGUGAUGGUUUCAUCAAAAUGUGGAAGCUCAAAGGGGACAAGGGGGUUUCCCCGUCUUUGCUGUGUGAAGUAAACACUAAUGCCAGGCUGACAUGUCUUGGAGUGUGGCUGGACAGAGUGACAGACACGAAAGAAAGCCUGCUUCCAGCUGUAGAACCACCUCCUGUAAGUAAACAAGAACAGUCCAAAAGGAAUAAAAAGGAAUCUGGCCGUGAAGUCCAGGAGGAAGAAAGGCAGCUAAAACCUGACACGAAGAACUGUGGUUUAACUGGUGACAGUAAUAAGCCAACAAAAGGAAGCAUCCUGGUGUCAACCAAGAAGAGGAAAACAGUAGAAAUGUUAGAAAAAAAGAAAAGAAAAAAGAAGAAAAUAUGAAUGAUGCAGUGAAUCCCAGAUUUCUCCUAAGAGAAAAACUUUUUCAAAUGUACUUUUUUUUUUCUGAGUAAAAGCUAGGAAUUUCUUCUUUUGAAGAAAAUGUACAGCUUAAAAAUCACUUUCAGGUUUUUGUUUUUUUAAACAGUGGUAAAACUUUUUGAUAGGCAAUAUUUUAUUAAUUAUGUAUCAUGGCAAUAUAUAGUAUGUUAAUGUGUAAUAUAUAAUUUUUACUGUUGUGUAAAGCAAAGAUCUUUCUCAAAUUAUUACAGCUUAAAAUAAUACAAAAUCUUGAACACAUUUCUUUACAGGAAGCAGAUAAAGGAAUUGUUUUUCAGAUUUUUCUCCUAAGUGAGGGAAGAAUGAAAAACCUGCAUUACUUUGGCUUUUUCACGUGGUUCUAGUAAUUUUAAUGCGGAUUUUGUUCGUUUUGGUAACAAAAGAUACAAGAAUAUUUUCAGACCAGGGAGUAUGUUAAGACAAACUUAAAAAUUAGAUAUAUAAAAUAAAAUAUGUACAUAUAAAACAUAUGCUCAAGUUUAGGGCUAUGUACAUAAGAAGGUUAAAGAGAGGCUUCCAAACUUCAUGAAACUAUUCUGUUUCCAAGUUUACACGGUAACUUAAGGACAGGAAAAUGACAUUUCCUUUUUUUAUUUUCCCAUCUGUUUCAGGGUAUCCAAAAAACUCACUUAGCUAAUCUUCUGACAAAGGUGGUCUUAAAACUAGCCUUGAUGAUAAUCUUUUCUUACCUAGAAAAUUAAAGCAUUUUCCUUAAUGGAUUACUGGAUGUUUUGAAGAGACACAGUAGUAGAGGAUUCAUAGGUCUGACUUAGCUGGGAAGAUGUUAAAUCCCUGAGGCCACCAGGGGAUUCCCUCCUGAUUAGGCAAAAUGAGGAUCUUAACACUUGGACACUAAAGUGCCGCUCACUUCAUGAGAGGAAAUCAUCUAGGAAACGAACCAAACCAUGUGUCUGACAUUUCCAUCCACCUCUUUGUUGUCUUACUUCGGGUCUGUAAACAAAGAUGAAUAUAGGUUUGGUUAUUUUGUUUUUGAGACUUUACUUUUUUAUAGCUGUUUUGGGUUUAUAACAUUAUUGAGAGAAGGGACAGAUUUGCCACUCUGUUCUAUUCAUCUCUCCCCAUCUCCACCACUGAUAAUCACUGAGCUUUUUAUCAUCUCUGAAGUUCUGCCUUUCCCACAAUAUCACGUAGUUAGAAUCAUACAGUAUUGUAGCCUUUUCAGAUUGGCUUCUUCCACUUACUAACAUGCAUUUAAGCUUCCUCUGUGUCUUUUCAUGGCUUGAUAGUUCAUUUCUUUUUAGUAAUGAAUAAUACUCCAUUGUCUGGAUGUACCACAGUUUACCAUUCACUACUGGAGGACAUCUUGGUUGCCUCCCAGUUUUGGCAAUUACAUAUAAAAUUGCUAUAAACCAUGUGAUUUGAGCAUUUUAUUUUGGUCUGUGAGCUUGUCUGCUCAGUGACCUCUGGCUGAGCUUGACUGGUAGUGUACUUGGAGGCCAUUGCACACACAAGUUUGUAUCAGAAAAUAUUUAUUUGGGGGGAGUCACGUUCAUUUUCUUUUCCUCCUAGGAAUGUAUAGUCUAUUUAUAAUCUCAGCCAUCUCUGUGCUGAAUUGUCUACUUUGAUAUUUAUGUAUGAGCAGCUCCUUAUCGCAAAUUCACUCAAUAUUUUGAAAGCCCUGAAGGCCACCUCUACCUCCACUCUCCAUUUGUUUCUUCACUGGGCCUGCGUUGAACAACGCUCACCACGUGCCUGGCACUAUCCUAGAUUCUAGGGGCCGAAAAGGAAAAAAAAAAAAAAACAAAAGAUCCCUACACAAAGGACAAAAGCUUUGGUAAGAAAUGUAUUACAGCCUGUGGUGGCUGGUGGCAGCUUGACUUCAGUAAGAGAUGAGACUGAGUUUUGAACAAGGAGAAAAAGGCAUUUCUGGCAGAGGGAACGGGAUGCUACCGCGGUUAAGAAAGACUCAGCUGCAAGAAGCGAAAAGCAACUUUGGCUCUCCCAAACUUCCGCAGGAGGCACGGGGAUGGGUUUAUGACAAGGACGCAGGUGUCUGACAAGCCGGGGCAGGGAGAGAACCAGACCUCAGGGGCAGGGCGCAGCCAGGGCAAUCCCUCCCUCCCGUCUCUCACUCUGCCGGUUGUCCUUUCUGAAGAGCAGCUGCUGACUUCUCACUCCGUGUCCUCGGCCGUUCAGCGCGUGCUUGUGGAGCCGUGCUGUGCCAGGCAACAAUCCUCACUCUGGAGAACUUGCAUGCUAGAGAGGGGAGGUGAUUGCAGUUCGUAAGUUAUAUACCACUUAGGAGGUAAGUGCGGUGGAGAAAAAUAAGCUACGGAAGGAAAUGCAGAUGGUUGUAGUCUUAAAUAAGAUGAUCCUGGAAGGCCUCACUGAGAAGGUGACAUUCGAAUAAAGGUUUAAAGGAGGUGAGGGAGUGAGCGAGAGAUGAUCUGGGAAGAGGGUUCCGGGCAGAUGAAACAGCUGCACAUGCAAGUGCUCGGAGGUGCAAGCAAGGAGGCUGGAGCAGCAUCAGCACAGGGGAAAGAGGAACAGGAGCCGAGGUCGGGAGGGAGGUGUGCAGGGCUUUGCAGGAGGAACAGGAGCCGAGGUCGGGAGGGAGGUGUGCAGGGCUUUGCAGGAGGUACGGGAGCCGAGGUCCGGGAGGGAAGUGUGCAGGGCUUUGCAGGAGGAAUGGGAGCCGAGGUCGGGAGGGAGGUGUGCAGGGCUUUGCAGGAGUUACAGGAGCCGAGGUCGGGAGGGAGGUGUGCAGGGCUUUGCAGGAGGAACAGGAGCCGAGGUCCGGGAGGGAGGUGUGCAGGGCUUUGCAGGAGGUACAGGAGCCGAGGUCGGGAGGGAGGUGUGCAGGGCUUUGCAGGAGGUACGGGAGCCACUGGAGGGUUUGGAGCCGAGGAAUGACGCAGUCCAGUUUGUAAUCAGAUUGUCCUGGUCACGGUACUGAGAACAGACUAAAGGAGUUAGGCAGCCCUACCCUUUACUGUGUGACCUUAUACCAGCUAGAGAACCCCUUUCUGCCUUAAUUUCCUCCAUGGAUAAAAGCAGAAGAAAGUAAUAGUCUUUACUGCAUAGGGUUGGUAUGAAGAUUAAAUGAGUUCAUCGAUGUCAAGCACUUCAGUGUCCCGCAUGUAAUAAGCACACUGUAUGCUUUGCUCAUAUUAUUAUGGCUCUCACAUAUGAGGUCCUAGAAGCACGUGGCAGAUAGGGUAGGUUGAAAAAAAUAGGCAGUUUUUUUCAUAAUCUCAUUUAUUAAUUUCUUGGAGAAAAUUUUAAUGAAUGGAUGAUGUCAAUCUUAAAGCUAUAAAAUGUUCCUAAAGACCUAGUAAUUAGUAUUGUGGAUACUCAGUAGACGUUGACUUGCAACACUGCAACUGGCAUUUGAUUUUGACCAUUUUUGCUUGAGGUCUGUUUAAGUGUAAAUUCAACACAUACAAGGCUCCAAAAAUGAUAAAAUAAUGCUCAAAGUGAAGCGCUAUUCCUUCCUCAUGAGCUCUUCUGUUGUGGCAGAUGGUCUUUAUUGCUCUGGUUAUGGGUGGGUGUACACGUGUGUCUCGCAGACAAUCCUGACUUGAGGCCUCUGUGAAAAAAAAAAAAAAAACAGAAAAACAUCCCAUUGAUAGGCCCCAGUGGCCAGAGACUAAAAACUUAGUCCCGCACACAAUCUUGGUCACGCCGCAUGACACACUUGUGGUUCAGUGUUCCAGUACUAUUCAGUGGGCUCCUAGUUAAGAGCUGAGCUAUCUCCUAAAAUAUGCUAAUGUCAACUAGAAACAUUACUAAACACAAAUCCUUGUGUGGAACCAAUCGAAACAGAGCAGAAACCGGUUCCUUUCAUUUAUUUUAUAUUUUAUGAUGGACUGCACAUGAAACUAGGCAUUAUGGUAGAGUUAAGGGUGUAGGACAGAGCUUAUUUCAAAUAACAGCUCUACCAAGGGCUAGGACUAUAGGUAACAUUCUCUGUGGUUCAAUUUCUUUAAGUCUAAAAGGCAGGGGGAGGAUCAUGGUGGGCUUAACUAUGGUUUGAAGCUUGCAUCUGCAUAGGGAGAGAUGAAUCCCUAAAUCAUCCCAGCUGGUUAAGGCAAGUCCUGUCACUGUAUUUUUUUUUAAAAUAAAUUUUAUUUAUUUA